AGAUGAAUUGUUGCCAUAUCAAAUUGUGCCUACGAUGAAUUGAGCCUACGAUGAAUUGUCUGGGACAAAUUGACGCGAAACAGAAAUAAAAUACUUCUAAAAUUAAUGUAUGAGGUGUCGGUUAUGUCAUUUUACUAGUUUUAUUUUGAUGACUCACAAAAAAAUACACAUUCGUUACGAAGAAUUAGACAACCAGAAGCGUUGAAUUGUGAUAUAUAGAGAGCGCGAAGCAAUGUAAAUACGUAUAUGUAGAUUUCGUAAUGUAAACAUUGUGUAUAUUUUUUGCUUAUUUUUCUGAUUCUCAAUAUGUGUUGACUUUGAAUCAAGUUAAAUAACUAUUAAAAUGAAUAGACGAGACAAUAAUCAAACUAGUCAGCAGAUGACGUAUGAUAUAUAUGUGGGAAAUGUACCCAAGACUGUAUCUGAAAGUGAUAUUAAGCAAGCUUUUAUAAAAUAUGGAGAAAUAAAGCAAGCUCUUUGUCGCUGGAAGGAAGAUUAUGCUGCUGUCGGCUAUGCAAUUGUUAAAUUUGUCUUCAAGGCUGAUGCUGAAAAUCUUCUACAAGAAACUACGGAAGUUAGUUGGAAUGGACAUAUAUUUCCUGUAAAAGCUGCAAGAAGAUCUGAUCAUAGCCAACAUAAUGGCAAUAUGAUGAUGGAAAGCAAGCCUUCCUAUAUUCCGGAUCCUGUUCCUAAGUCAUUUGUUUUAAAUCCUUCACCUAUUUUAAAAGGAGACUUUGGUUAUUUUCAUCACCCUAAUUACAUUGAAGAGCAAAGUGUUCAUUCAGUGCCUUUGAUGCUAGAAGUUCUUUGUACGACUGUUGAAGAUGCUAUUACUUUUUAUGGCUGUCCUGUUCAUCGUUUUGAUGAGCUUUCAAAUGUUUCUCGUGCUCUUAACUACUUGAAUGUGACUCAAACAAGAAUGGACAAGAAACUUGUACCAAAAAAGGUUUAUGCAGCUCUGUAUUCGGAAGAUCGAUCUUGGUAUCGUUGCAUUGUUGUUAGAACAUCAAUACCAAAUAAACCUGGAAUGUGCACAGUUCGAUACAUUGAUUAUGGAAAUCAAGAAGAUAUUCCAUACAAGAAUGUUGUUGAACUUUCUGAGGCAUUACAAAAAGUUCCUCCUUUUGCUUCUAAGUUUGUUUUUUUAAACUUGAUGUGUGAAUCAAAAUCGAACAAGCAAACAUAUCUUCAUCAACUAGCAAAUAAACGAAUGUCUCUGUGUGCUGUUCUUUCACCUGUUGGUUCUGAAUAUCAAGUUCUAAAAUGUUCGUGUAAUGGCAAAGAUGUUAUAUCAGAAACUGUGAAGAAAGGUUUUGCCUCCUUCAGAAAAGUUCAAAAAAGUAUACCUCUACCUAAGGGUCCACCACACCAUAAAACAAGUGCAAAGCAUACUAGUGAAGUUUCAGAAAACAAAAAGAAUAAAUCAAGUGCUUGCAAUGGAACCAAUGGACUUUCUUCUGAAAUGCAAGAAGCAUUCGAAAACAAUCCCAAUGUGAAAAAAUCUCGUAAAAGUAUACCAAAAAGCGAAGAAAAUUCUACAAUGGGAGAAGAUGCCUCGAAUGGAAAUGUUGAUGAGUCAGAGUUUAAACCAAAAAUUAUUAUUAAAAGAGGUAGUGAUCUUAGUAACAUUGUUGGUAGUAAAGAUUCGUGUGAAAAUAAAAAGGAGAAAGAAACCAAGCAAGUACAGAUUCCUUUGAUUGAUACUGUCAUUUCAAAUUUGAAGUUGAUUAAUAAUAUCCGAGCUCUGGUAUCUCAAUCUACUGAUGACAGCAUUAUUCAGCGUGCUGUAAAUUUACUUCAAAGUGAGCUGAAAACAUUAGUUUUACCUGAAAAUGUCAUAAGUGAAGUUAAUGACACUUUUGAAGUCUUUAUUCAUUCCCUCAAUGAAAUAAAAAAAUGCACAGAAAAGGACUUAUUACCAAAUCUGAAGUUGGAAAGAGAUUUAAAAAAGAAUUUGCUAUGUGAUAAAUUAAAAGAAUUUUUGGAAAACUUUUAUACUUCAAUAUUUGACAGAAAGAAAAAAAUAUUGCAAACAAUAACAGAUCUUGCAAGUAAUUCAAAUGAUUGGAUGAAUGUAGAAUUAAAGUCAGUUCCACAAAGUAUUGAUGAACUUGUAUUGGAAUAUAAUAAAGUUAAGGAGGAAAAAUGGAAUUCUGUUCGUACUGCUAGAGACAGAACUAAUGAAAAGCACAAAAAUUUCAUGGGUGUCUUUGGAGAAUUGCAAAAGAAAUUUCAUUUGGAUACUUUGGAAUCUGAUAACACUAAAAGUGAAACAGUAACUGUUGAAGGUGAAGGUAAAAGAACAUUGUACUCAGUCAAGUUUGAUGAAACACUUAAAGAUCUUGGAAAAGCAGUUGAUGAAGAAAUUCUAACUUUGACUUUGAACAAGGGAAAAAACACUGUAUCUGUCAUUCAAUGUCUGUUAACAGAAUUGGAUAUACACAAAGAAAAGAUUGAGUCAAUUUGUGAGUUGUAUGAAAACAAGUUGAAACUUUACAAUGAUUUAUGCCAAGUGAUUGACUCUGAUGCUGUUCUCUUGCAACUUACCUCCAUUCAAGAAGAAGUUUGCAGCUCCCUAUUACGCUUAACUCAUUGUAAAGAUUCUCAAGAGGUAAUAAUGAAAAGCACAAAUGUUAUUCAGUAAUAAUAAUUGAAAGCA